GGGCCGCGGGCGCAUGCGCAGACGCCGCCGGGACUUGUUGCCCGUGCUCGUAACUCCGGGGCCGGGCCGGGAUCUCGAUACCGCCCGUGAGCAUCUCGUCAGAGACACGCGCAUUCCCGUUAGAGGCAAAACAUCCCGAAAGUAAUGUCCCUGGACCUGUGUGAUGAGGACCUAGAAUAUUUGCUUUUGAAGGAUUAGAGGGUUUUUUGAGGAGUGGUUUCUCUGUGAAUUUAUGAGUCAGAAGCGUGUUCUGCAUGAAGCAAUACUCGGGAAUCAGCAAGUAAAUAAGAUCCAAGAAAGGAAAUGUUUGAAGUGGAAAGCCCCAAAAUAAACGAGCAAUUGCCUGCACUGAUAAAAAGAACUUUGUAUCAAUAGCCAAAUCUGGUGCAUUCUUGUAUGGUACUACGGUAUCUGAUCAGGCAUAGAAAAAAUGAACCCUUUCUAUUUUCUGGGUUUUGGACAUUCUCAUCUAGGCAUCUUUGGGAACAGGAGUGAUCCUUUCAACAGAACAAAUGAGACUUACUGCUACAGCACUGCCCAGGGCAGCACAGUGCUCCAAGGAGUCACCUUUGGUGGAAUCCCGACUGUCCUGCUGCUUGAUGUAACCUUCUUUUUUAUUUUAAUCUUACUGUUUUCCAUUAUAAGGAAGAGAUUCUGGGACUAUGGUCGUGUUGCUCUGGUGUCAGAAGUUGAAAGUGAAUCAAGAUAUAACCGGCUGUCAACAUCAUCAUCAGUACCUGAAGAUCUUGAGUAUGAUAAGGGGUUUUGUUCUUGGAUUACAGCUGCUUUUCGGAUGCAUGAUGAUGAGAUUCACGAGAGGUGUGGGGAAGAUGCCAUCCAUUACCUCGCCUUCCAGCGCCACAUCAUCUGCCUGCUGAUUGCCAUCAGCAUUUUGUCUGUGUGUGUGAUAUUGCCUGUCAACCUCUCAGGUGAUCUGCUUGAUAAAGAUCCCUAUAGUUUUGGAAGAACAACUAUAGUAAAUUUACAAACCAGCAAUAAUCUUCUAUGGCUGCACACAGUUUUUGCUGUUGUUUACCUGAUUCUGACUGUUGUCUUCAUGAGACAUCACAUGAAGUAUGUCACAUAUAAAGAAGAAAACAUAGUUAAGUGCACAUUGUUCAUAACUGGUCUUCCAAAAAAUGCGAGCGAAGAGAUCGUGCAAAACCAUUUCACGGAUGCCUACCCAACCUGCACUGUGCUGGAGGUGCAGCUGUGUUAUGAUGUAGCCAGGCUUAUCAACCUUUUCAAAAAAAGAAAACAGGCAGAAAAAAGCCUGAUUUACUAUGAACACCUGCAUCAGAAGUAUGGCAAGAGGGUCCAAAUCAACCCUAAGCCAUGUGGUCAAUUCUGCUGCUGUGAAAUGAGAGGAUGUGAAAGGGAGGAUGCUGUAGAUUAUUAUACCAAAGUUAGAAAUGAACUUGAGGAAGAAUAUUCAAAAGAGGAACAAGCUGUUCAUAAUAACCCACUGGGCAUGGCCUUUGUAACAUUUCAAGAGAAAUCCAUGGCAACCUACAUCCUUAAGGACUUCAAUGCCUGCAAAUGUCAGAGCAUUAAGUGUAAAGGAGAGCCCCAGCCAUCACCCUACAGCAGGGAGCUGUGUGUAUCCAGCUGGGAGGUUACAUAUGCUCCUUACCCUGAGAAUAUUUGUUGGAAAAAUCUUUCAGUGCGUGGAUUUAAAUGGUGGUUUAGAUGGGCUUGCAUUAAUUUGCUUCUUUUUAUUGUGCUGUUUUUUCUUACCACUCCUUCCAUAAUCAUCUCAACCAUGGACAAGUUCAAUGUCACUAAACCUAUUCACUACCUUAAUAAUCCUGUCAUCAGUCAGUUUUUCCCAACACUCUUGCUCUGGUCCUUCUCAGCUUUGUUACCAACAAUUGUCUAUUACUCAACUUUGCUGGAGUCCCACUGGACAAAAUCUGCAGAGAACAGAAUAAUGAUGCAUAAAGUCUACAUAUUUUUGAUCUUCAUGGUAUUGAUUCUGCCUUCCCUUGGUCUGACCAGCCUGGAUUUCUUUUUCCGCUGGCUGUUUGACAGAGAAUCCUCUGAUUCUGCAGUUAGGCUGGAAUGUGUUUUCCUGCCUGACCAGGGAGCCUUCUUUGUGAACUAUGUGAUUGCCUCAGCCUUCGUGGGCAAUGGGAUGGAGCUGCUGCGCCUGCCGGGGCUCAUCCUCUACACCAUUCGCAUGAUCAUGGCCAAAUCCACAGCAGAGAGGAAAAACAUCAAACAGCAACAGGCAUUUGAAUAUGAAUUUGGAGCAAUGUAUGCCUGGAUGCUGUGUGUGUUCACUGUCAUCAUGGCCUACAGCAUCACAUGUCCCAUCAUUGUCCCUUUUGGUUUGAUCUACAUCCUCCUGAAGCACAUGGUGGACCGUCACAACCUCUACUAUGCCUAUCUCCCUGCCAAGCUGGAGAAGAAAAUGCACUUUGCAGCUGUCAACCAGGCCCUGGCAGCUCCCAUCCUCUGCCUUUUCUGGCUCUAUUUUUACUCAUUUGUGAGGCUGGGUUUUAAAGCACCUACAACAAUGUUUACCUUGCUGGUUGUCAACAUCACCAUUGUUAUUUGCUUGGCUUACACUUGUUUUGGCUGUUUCAAGUACCUGAGCCCACUGAAUUAUAGGAUUGAAGACACACAAGGUGAAAGAGGAAAAGACACAGAUGUACCAACAGUCCCAACAUCUUCUAUGUACGUCCCGCAGGUUCUGCGUGCCCACCCCACCGAAAGGACCGUGCUGGCCCCCGCGGAGCAGCAGUGCUACGGCACCAUGGACAACACCUCAUCCCAGGCAGAAGGGAUCAGAAACUCCAGCCUGGGACUUGCAGGGGUGGAGCAGGCACCGGGAGCGUCGCUCUGAGCUGUGUUGUGAGCACGAACACAAGGUGGAGCACUUGGCCCAAGUUUAGCAGAACAAAUUCCCUGCCUCCUCCUCCUCCUCACUAUUCGGCGUUAUUUAUGUAUUCCUGCCUGCAGAAAAGGUACAGAAAUAAUUCAUUGUGUGGUCUGCAGCUGUGCUGGGAGAUUAAAAAGCAGAUGCCUUGGGACUGAUUGUUUUCCAGGCUGUCUACACACGUUGUGAAACAAAUAAGUUGAACGUGGAGAUGCUGAUCCUCAGGGACUUCACUUCUGCUAGCUCACCACUUGCCUUAUGAAGAUAACUUAUGCUGCAUAUAGAUAACUGGUCACCAAAGCCAAUGCAGCUAUUAGAGCUGCAUUUAUUUAUUCAAAUAAUUAUUCCCUUUUUAAAGAACUCCAAAAUCUAUUAUUUAUAAACCUCUUGGGAUGUGUGAAAUCCUGAGACAAUGCCACUUUUGAUGAAAAUACUGUUUGUGUGGGUGCUGAGAAUGGUGUGUGGGAGUCUCUCCUCUUUUCACCCAAAGUAGUCAGCAUAGUUUUGAUCAUGCUAUUUUUUUUCCUUGAAAGAGAUGAGGGAAUAACUGUGCACUUGGGUACUAAAAGUACCAAAGCAAAAAGACUGGUGUAAAGAAGGGAGUGAUUUAUCUGUUACUGUUUUUAUACAUUUUUGGAGGGCAUUUAGGUUCUUAGUUUCUGUUCACUAUUUUUAAGGGCCUUCCACAAUGAAAGCUCACCUGCCAACAGUAAAGGAUGUAAACAUUUUAUCUCUUUUAGUCUUGGGUUAAAAUGACAGAUCUCUGGGUUUUCUCUAUAGUGCCAAUUAUAUGAGUUGUAAGAUACUAAGUUUUUAAAUUAUGUAGUAGGUGCUAAUCUAUUCUGAAGUGCAAUGUGUCAAAGUGUAACUAAUAAUCACAGAGCAAUAAAACACUGAGUUUAGAAAAA